GAUAGGCACAGGAACCUCUGAGGGCAGACAGAUUGGUUAUUGGAUGAGCAGAUAACUAAAAAUAAUGUCAAACUCAGAGAUAAAGCCACAAACCUUUUCAGAAUCCGUGGGAAACUCGGGAAACUGAAUUUCGGCUCCUGUGUGAAUGUGCAGUGUUCAGGAGACAGAAACAGGGUCAGAGCCAGGCGGAAAGAAUCAGGCGAUCCAAGGGAGAGGCUUGAAUCGUUGGUCGGGGCACAGAAGCACGGUCAUGAAAGGGAAGGCAGGGUUUGUUAUGAUUCUGCACUGUUUGUCUGCAUCAUCUCUGUCUGUCUGCUCUGUGCUGCAGCUUUUAGGAGGAUUGUUUUAACCUGCUCUUUCCCUGCCAGCUCCCUAAUUACACCUCAUCUGCUCCACCUGUGCUCCUUACUUUAUUAGCAACUGUCAUUCAGACAACCAGUGCCAGAUUUUGAAAAGUCUUUGUGUGAAUAGUAUCCAGCGUUCCUUCCUUGCCUGUCUGCCUGAUCUGAUCAUGUUUUGAUUCACGAAUUUCCCUGCUCUGCCUUGCCCACGUCAGAUACUUCAUUGGCUUCUGCUUUCUGGACAUUUGACCUUGCUUCUGCCUCCUGACCAACCGUUGCUGCAUAACCCUUGGAUCCGUAUGCCUGAAUCUGUCUCCCCAUUCAUGACCUCACUUCUGUGCCCUGACCCACGUUUAAAGCCUCUCCCUCGGAUCCUGUCACCUGAUUCUGUUCUCCCGGCUCUGACCCUGUUUCUGUCCCCUGACCACCGCCUUCUGAUCAGUCACUGGGUUUGCAAACCUGACAGCCAGUAUGACGUUGCCCUGCUGCCUCCCGACGAUCACACUGAGGAGCCAAAAUUCAGUUUCCUGAUCCUCUCACAGAUUCUGAAAAGGUUCCUGUGCCUACUGCUGGUGGUUUCCUGUCGAACGCCUUCUCAGAGAUAUCAAUAAAUCUUUUGAAUCUUAUCAGUUGUGUCAGGAAAUUUCGAGUCUUCUGAACAACCCGUUACUGGGUUAGGCAGAGGGUGGUAGUCAGGAGGCAGAAGCAAGGUCGAUGUCCAGAAAUCAGAAGCCAAAAGACGAUCCGACAUGGGCCGAGCAGAGCAGAGAAAUCCAGGGGGCAAAAACAAGAUCAGAAUCAGGCAGGCAAGGAAGGAAGGAAGGAACACUGGACAUUUACUCACACAAGGCUUUUGAUAAUCUGGCGCUGGUUGUCUGUCAGAGAGCUGUGUAUAAAGGCAAGAGCACUGGUGGAUCAGAUGAGGAGUAAUUAGGGAGCUGCCUGGGAAGGAGCAGGUGAAACCAAUCCUCCUAAAAACUGUAGCACAGAGAAGGCAGACAGAGGUGAUGCAGACAACCAGUGCAUGAAUCAUCAACAAUGUUUUUACCUCUGUAAUUACUGGUGUGAAGCAUCAGUAUUUUUAUUUGUGAUUUAUUCAACCGGUUAUAUUAGCCCCCCCCGGCCUGCCCCUGACUACAAGGCUUGUUUGUGGAACUGGUUCAAGGCCUUUUAUAUAGUUAUCAUAUCACUGACACUUUACCAAAACCACUUUACUGUUACAGCAUGACAUUAUUGCUUUUAUGUGUUAUUUUAUUGUUUUUUGUGUUCAGUAGGAAAUAAAUUAUCUUGUAAUCAGAAAACCUAGAAAUGAAACAACCACCCCAAUCACCCUUUAGAACAAAAUGACUGCAAAACCUGUUUGUGAAAGUAGUUGAAGGCCUGUUAUAUAGCUGCUAUACCAUUGACACUUUACCAAUACCCAAAAUAAACAUGAUGUGUCAUUACAGUUUUACCAUUGUUUUCCUAAGUUUAUCAAAGGUCAGUGUCAAAUGCAACUUAAUUCUUAACAUGUCAUUUAGAUCAAUUUAGUCUUCAGCAUAUACCUUUAUGUUUCUGCAGUGACGAUUGUGUAGAAAAUGAAGAAGAUUAAGAGCCUGGGCCACCUGUCCAUCAGCUACAUAGUGCAUCUGUAAUGGUUUUUUUAAUGGAUCUGACCCACAUGCAGAAACACUCAAGAGACUGGAGAAAAGUUAAUUGAGUUUAUUGAAAUGGGUGAAGUGGGCCGGGACUGUAAACUCACCAAUUGCAGUGUGGUCACCUGUGGGAGUUUGUUCCACUGAGGUUGAGGGAUCGCCAGUUAGUGACGUUACUUGUACAGUAUUGAUCCUUGGUGGUGGUUUGCCGGUGGAGGAACUUGGUGGGAGGUGUGCACGGCGAAGGGUGAGCAAGGUUCGGUUCCGGAGGCCAGUGAGUCCAAGGAGGCUUGAGGCUGUCAUUGUCAUUAUUGACGAGGAUAACUUGGAGACUUGGAAUCUUGGAUCAUUAAGAGUGGUGAAGCUUGAGGGCUUGAACAGACAAGACAGACAGAUAAGACUUAGACUUAGAGGCAGGCGAAUGUCAGGGUAAAUGUUAUGACCAAAGGCUAUGUUAUAUGCAGAAGGAGUCCUACAGUGGAAAUCAGCAAUUUUAUUUGACCAGAUUCCCUUUUAUGAGAUGGAAAAACACAUUCGGCACAGUUUUGGCACAUUUGGCUAAAUUGUGCUGAAAUUCCAGCUCCACCUGGCAUAUUGCCCACUAAAACAUUUGUGGAACAAAUAUGUUUCAACUGAUUCACCCCAAAUUUGCUGCAGUUAUAGUCAAAAUGUUGAUGUAUACAACCUAGGGGUUCUCCUUGGAAUUCUGAAGGAUUUCCAUUGUGCUUUGCAAUGUUCAUUUAGAAAAAACAUUUGGCGAGGCUCAAAAAAACGUUUUUUCUUUCUUUAAUCACAAAUAAAUCAAACAUAGUAACAGUUAUAAUAGUAGUUCCACUUGAAAAAUAUUCUUUUAUUUCUUACCUUUACACAGGUACUAAAAGUUUGCAUGUAAACCUUAUAACUGUGGAGCUAUACUUGAUUUAUUUAAGUUAUGUAAUUUCAGACGGACAAUGUUCUAAAAUCCCUUAGGGCUUAACGGGUUAAGAAGGCCAGUGCUCGAAUCACUCUUUCAUCCAUUAUCAGUAUCAGUACACAGAUAUGUUAUUCUACCACUAGUUUACUAAUUUAAAAGACGCUCUACAAUAAAGCAUACUUCCCCAAAAUUUUAAGGCAUAUAUGUUCUGAACAAAAUCACAGUAAAAAAGAAAUUUAACCGAAAAAAAAAUGUUAAGUUUUCUUUUGUAAUAUUCUGAAAAAAUGUACCAGAGUGCAAUUAUUUCAGUGUAUUAAAAUAUGUUUUACACAAGGAAAACAUUAGUUUAUUAUCUUUACACAUUACCAUACACACAUUUUAUAUUGUCAAAAUCGAAUCAACAAUCUAAAUACAAUUUAAAGACAAAGUAUUUUUCCCUAGGGUGGUUAGGCAAGUAUAAGGACAUGUAGUCCUGACCUGGUUUUAGUGGUUUCAUUUCAAGGCAACCAAUUCACUGUACAUGAAAUAAUAAGUCAGUGAUAAUAUUUAACACACAAAAUAAUAUCAGUCAUUACCAACAAACCCAACAUUGCUUAUUUAGAGAAACUGAAAAAAACCCAAAAAGUUCAUUUGUUCUGGGCAAUAAUUUAAGAGCUUAUUACAUGUUACUAGUAAAAGAUGGUGGGCUCCUAUUUCAUAUUCAGCUCCUAUAAGUAACCAGCAAAUGCCUAAUUCUGUCAAGAUUUAUUUGGCUACAUUUUACAGCUUAUUUGAAUGUCAUCUCAGGACAUCUUACAUAGCAGAAAAAAGGCAUCGUUUCGUGAAGAGGAAGAUGAGAAGAGGGGAAACUGGGCUGUAAUUUCCUGUGUGACUCUGGUGAGAGUAUCAGGUCUUUUUUUAAGAUGGCGGGACUUUACUUCUUGUGCCAUUUUUAGAAACAGGAAAACUAUGUGAUGGAGCACAACAAAGAGGGAGUUUUUAUCAAACCAACUUAAAUCCUAAUGUAAAAUGAGAAACAAGAAGUUGUGUUUGAAAGUGAUCUGAGACCACAAGUUGGGCAGAUUCUUGAAAAAAACACACCUUUCAUAUGCUUCCAGUGUUGCCGUCAGGUCUCCCCCCUCCUACUGAGGUAAGUCGGAGGGUGGAUAGAUCACUGGAAAAGUAAGUUUACUCAUCCUUACGGUGACAUUUGAAUUCAUAAAAUACAAUACCUAUAUUUUGUUUCAUUUUCAUUGAUAUCCUACAUAUCUUCUCAACAUGUUCUAUCUUAAUAGAAGUGCAACUUUAAUGUAUUUGUCUAUCACUGGAAAAUAUAGCGUGUCAGUCAGUCAGUCAGUCAUUUUCUAUACCGCUUCUUCCAUAGUGGGUCAUGGUGAAGCUGGUGCCUAUCUCCAGCUGGAAAAUAUAUUUUUUUGCUAAUAAAGAUUAAAGCCAAUUAUGAUGUUGUGGCCAGAGCAUGUGAGAUUUAAGAUUUUGAAAUCAGAAACAUAUUCAUUUUUAAAAGCUUGUACUUUAUUGUAAGCAAGUUUUCCUGUCAAUGGACACCAUUUUAGAGUCACUAAUAUGCUAAAGGCAAUCUGUUUUUUUAGCACAAGGAAAAAAUUACUGAAUCAUUUUGACUUCACUUUAUUGAAGUCAAAAUGUGGGUUCGAUUCCAGCUCCCUCCUGCCAUAUGUCAAUGUGCCCCUGGGCAAGACACUUAACCUCAAGUUGCCUACCGAUCUGCGUAUUGGUGUAUGAAUGUGUGAACGUUAGUGAGUGUGAUUGGGUGAAUGUGGCUCUAGUGUAAAGCGCUUUGAGUAGUCUGUAUGACUGGAAAAGCGCUAUAUAAGUUCAGUCCAUUUACUUUAGUAGUUAAGAUAGUGAAGCAUGUUACAGCAAGAAUAUAUUGUGUGUGUUAAAUAUCAACUGACAGCAGCCAACUAUAUAACUUAUGUUUAUCUCAGACUUUUCAUAUAAACUUUGACAGAACAGGAAACACUCCCUGGUCACAUUAUGUAAAUGUUUUUUUUGUCUUACUAAUAUUUGGUUAGACCGUCUUUUGCCCCUUUGGCAAAAGGCCCAGUGUUUGUAAACUAUAUAAGUUCUGCUAGCAGUAAUUAGCUGUUGUAUUACUGUGCUGAUUUAUUGAUUAAAGUUACUGUCUGCUGCUGGUGAGCUUUGUAAAGUCCAUCAUUUUAUUCUUGUUUUUUUUUUCUCACAUAUUGUGUUAAGCCAAACAGGUAAGCUUAUUAAAAGUUAAAUAAAAUGCCCCAUGACCUUCCAAUAACAGUAAAGCUUUAGUAACUUUUCAUAUCAGAAUCAGUAUUUUGUUGCCAUACCCACUAAUGGUAAAUAAUUAAAAUAGGGACUGAGGUACGAUGCACGAUGAAAACAAUUAACUCUUUGGGCAGUAGGUUUUGCAAUCAUUACUAAAAUCCGGUUUCAAAUGUCUUUUACUUUUUGAAAAAGCUGAUGUUUGAUAACACAUUUAGAUAAUAAUUGAGUUACCUUCCAAAACUCAUUCCUGCAAAUACAAAUGAAAAAUUCAUGCUCGUCACGUUACUAUAGAAUGAUGAUGUUUUCUUGGAAAUAUUUCAACUGAACAGCUGACCAGGCAAAUGAUAAACACUCAGUUUUGCUCAUAGCUAAAGUGCUUCAGCUUGUACACAUAAGUUAACUUUUUAUUAUUUUAUUACUACAUUGUUUCUUAUCUUUAUGUUUAUCAGUUUCACACCAUAUUCAAGUAUCCCACAUGAGAAAAUAUCUGCACUUUAUUAUAAAUGAAAAAAAUAAAUCAUAAAAUUAAGUGCAGCUAGGGAUUUUUGAUUAAAGUCACAUGUGUCAUGAGUUGUUAUUUCCAGAUGCAUCAUCCUGUGAAAAAGAAAUUUUUAUAUCACUUUUCCUAAAGCAGCUCCACACCCUUCAUGAAUUACGAUACCACUUGAGCUUGUUUGGUUAUUUAUCAAAACGAUUUUGCAUCAAUAAUAUAGUUAUUUCAUGCCAUUUCAAUUUAAUGUAGAUGAAAUUUAAAACACCACAAACAUUAUGUUUGAAUUGAACUUUAAUCUGAUUGGGGGGAGAGGCGGCCUAGCAGUCCCGGAGAGGCUACAAGUACCCUGGUUCGAUUCAUACUGCCUGCAACUCUGGGUCCCUGAGCAAGACCCUUAGCCCCUAAAUGCUCCCCUGACACUGCACAAUGGCAGCCCACUGCUCCCUAAAGGAUGGGUUAAGUGCAGAGGAUAAUUUCUCCAUUGUGUGAUCAAUAAAGUCUAUUUUAUAUUAUUAUUAUUUUUAUGAGUUUUUUGUGAUACCGUGAUUCACUGCAGUUCUUCCCAUGUCACACUGACUAUAUUCAGGUUCUACACAGCACUUCACAGUGUGUUUGCCCAUUCUCACACACAGUCAAAUAGUACUUCCUAUUAUUUAUAAAUAGUAUAAAUAUUGUAAUGCUGCAAUCCUUUUUCAAAAUAUUCCUAUGAUGAUAAAUGAUAAUUAAUAUGUUAUUGCUGCAUUAUCUGGAGAAGCUAAUAACAGCACCCCAAGCCUUCUGAAUGAAAAAGCACUAUAGCGACUUUUACCAACUGAAUAUUUUAAACUUAGGGGAAGUGAUAGAAACAAUACAUUUUUACUAUUGCAUCAAAGUUCAUGCAGUCACAAAAUUUGUAUGUUUUCAAACACCUGAUGAUCACAGCAUGUGUGUGUCUCUUUGAGUGUCAGUUUGCACUUUUUGUCUGCUGCAUAGGGUAAAAAUUGCUUUCAACAUGUGUGUAUGUGUGUGUGAAUGUGCUUUAAAUGUAAACUCAGUCAUAGAGGUUUUGUGUAGGAGUGUGUGGUGUGUAUGAUCCUCCCAGGUUUUUGGGUCGCUCUUCCUCAUUACCUCCACUUAUUCACAAUGAAUGACAUCACUGGAGUUUCCACAAAAAGGAGAAACUUCUUUUAAAAGAGUGACUCGCAGUGUCAGUGAACAAGAAUAGAGUAAAGAGAGACCCUUUACUAUACGGUUUGACCUGACUUGAUAGCAAGAACCUACUUAAGACAAUGGAAAGCGAAUACAAGGUAAUGCUGGAUGUCAAUGCGAGCAUAGAAGCAGGUGAUCAGUCAUCCUCAGAUGUCAAAAAAUUUCAGAUGUCAAGACUCACCAUGGCCUUGACAACUUUCACUCUCUGCCUCGCUACUGUUGCUGCUCUUUUUCUCUUCUCCAAUGCUCGUGUCAAGAGCGAAGGACUGGAUGAGGACAGCUUUGAUCUUCAUCAUGCAUUGAGGCAAAUUACAAACCGAAGGGCAGCAAUUCAUUUAGAAGGAGAAUACGACCCCACCAUAAGGACAUCAGUGAAGUGGAUGAGUCAAGUGGACCAGUCACACUCUCAAGGAGGUCUAGAACUCAAAGACAAUGAGAUUUUGAUUCCUCAGAAUGGCCUCUAUUUUGUUUACAGCCAAGUGUCUUUCCGAGUUAGCUGCAGCAGCAGGGAUGCUGAUGACAUUACCUCCAUGGUCCACCUGAGUCACACAGUGAAGCGCUGGUCCAGCUCAUUUGGGAGUAAGGGAGAGCAAUCCUAUCAGACCAUUCUGCACUCUGUUCGUACUGCCUGUCAGAUUACAGCCAGUGCGGAUCCAGAUUCGGUUGGAAGCUGGUUCUCUGCAGUGUAUAUGGGAGCAGUAUUUAAUUUAAGGAGGGGGGACAGACUGAAGACCGUUAUGGAAGAGAAAAUGCUGGAGAAUCUGGAGGACGAGUCAGGGAAGACUUUUUUUGGUGUGUUUGCUUUGUGAAGAAGGGUUACAGAACAUUUACAGACAACAGUCAGAGAUAAUGAAAAUGUUGUUAAGUCUGUUAAGUAAUGUCUAAUAUAUGUCACCUGGUCUAUAAUCCCGGCUAUAGAACAAUUUAUUAUGGUCCAAUGUCCCUUUUGUAUCACUCAUUUAGGUGAAUGUCCUGUUUUUGCUGCUAACAUAUUGUUUCACUACAGAUAAACACAUUUAUUUAUAAUUGUAUUUACUGUAUUUUUAUUAAAGUAUUUAUUCUUCUUUCUCUUC